UUAGUUGAGCACGAAUUCGUGUCAGUCGUGCUCAGUGCCUCGCAUAAGCCGAACGUCGUUCAGGAGCAACCAUCAGCAAUCUCAGAAAGGACGACGUGUUCUUCAAGCAAAACGAAAGCGAAACCAAAAACACAGUAGCUCUAACAAAAAACAAAAAAAAAAACACACACACACAUACACACACAUUAAAAAACUACAUAACAAACAAACUGCCAGUGAAUGUGUUAAAUUUAGCUACAAAAAAGUAUUAAACAUUAGAAAACGAUUUACAAAUUAUCGAGCAGCCUUCAAAAAAGAGUUUUUUUGCACAUGCGCGAACUCCGCACAAAAAAGCUAAAAAGCAAAGGCAAAAAAAUUGAUAAAAACGACCAAAAAGGAGCAGCCACCACACACCAACGCACCUACGAAUACGUGUGCGUGUGCGUGUGCGUGUACGUGUGUACGUGUGUACGAGUGUGUGUGCGCGUUUUUAGUUUCGCACGCACGUUUAUCGCAGUUUUGUUUAAUUUAACGGUGCCGCGGUCAAGUGUAGAGAGCGCGAGAGCUUUCAUUGCAGCAGCUGCCGCUCCUGUUCUCGAUUCCCGUUUCCCGUUUCGGAACAAAACUUUUUGAGAUUCACUCGAGAGUCGCUUUCAGCCGUAACACACACCAGCAGCAACAUGCCGAACUGGGAGACGAGCACAGCGGCGCCCAGCUAUGAGCAGCACAAUGCCUGGUACAGCAGCAUGUUUGCGGCCAACAUCAAGCAGGAGCCCCUGUCGCAUCAUCAUCAUCAUCAUGGCCAGCAGCAUCACGAUAAUCACAGCAACAGCAACAGCGGUGCGAGCAGUCCGCGGCAAUCCCCGUUGCCGUCACCCAUUCCGCCCAGCACCCAGCUGGAGCAGUACCUCAAGCAACAGCAGCAACAGCAGCAGCAGCAGCAGCAGCCCAUGGAUACACUGUGCGCGGCUGCGAUGACGCCGUCGCCAAGCAACAACGAUCAGAACAGCCUGCAGCAUUUUGAUGCCACGCUGCAGCAGCAACUGUUGCAGCAGCAGCAGUACCAGCAACACUUUCAGGCAGCGCAGCAUCAGCAACAGCAGCAUCAUCACCUGGCACUGGGCGGCUUCAAUCCGCUGACGCCGCCGGGUCUGCCCAAUCCCAUGCAGCACUAUUAUGGCGGCAACAUGCGCCCCAGCCCGCAGCCGACGCCGACAGCAGCGCCAACUGCGGUGGCAGCGGCAAUACAGACCGGCGACAAGCUGCAGGCGCUGACGCCGCCAAUGGAUGUGACGCCGCCGAAAUCGCCGGCCAAGUCGCAGCAGUCGAGCGCGGAGCCAGAGAAAGAACACGAUCUCAUGUCGAACUCGAGCGAGGACAUGAAGUACAUGGCCGAGUCCGAGGACGACGACAGCAACAUACGCAUGCCCAUCUACAAUUCGCACGGCAAGAUGAAGAACUACAAGUGCAAGACGUGCGGCGUUGUGGCCAUCACCAAGGUGGACUUCUGGGCACACACGCGCACCCACAUGAAGCCCGACAAGAUACUGCAGUGCGCCAAGUGUCCGUUUGUCACCGAGUUCAAGCACCAUCUCGAGUACCACAUACGCAAGCACAAGAAUCAAAAGCCCUUCCAGUGCGACAAGUGCAGCUACACCUGCGUCAAUAAGUCCAUGUUGAACUCGCAUCGCAAGUCGCACAGCUCCGUCUAUCAGUAUCGCUGCGCCGACUGCGACUAUGCCACCAAAUACUGCCACAGCUUCAAGCUGCAUCUGCGCAAAUAUGGCCACAAGCCCGGCAUGGUGCUGGACGAGGAUGGCACGCCCAAUCCCUCGCUGGUCAUCGAUGUCUAUGGCACGCGUCGUGGACCCAAGAGCAAGUCAUUCUCCGGCAGCGGCUCCAGCUGCAGCUCCACCAGCAAGCGCAGCAACGCAUCCGCUGCUGCCGCCCAGCAGCAACAGCAGCCAGUCGCAACAUCGCAGCUAUCAGCAGCACUCCAAGGAUUUCCCAUGCCAGCAGCAGCAGCCGGAACAGCAGCCGGAGCAGCCGGAACAGCAGCACCAGCAGCUGUGGCGCCAGUUUCCCCGCCAUCGCCGGCCAAGAGUGUUGCCAGCGUGGAGCAGGCGCCAAGUCUGCCCAGCGCCUUGCUGCCGCCGUUGGCCAGCCUGCUGCAACAGAACCGCAACAUGGCCUUUUUCCCCUACUGGAAUCUCAAUCUGCAAGUGCUCGCUGCCCAGCAGCAGGCGGCAGUUCUUGCCCAGUUGUCGCCGCGCAUGCGUGACCAGUUGCAGCAACAGCAACAACAGCAACAUCAACAACAACAGCAGCAACAACAGCAGCAACAACAGCAGCAGCAGCAAUUGCCAGCUCACAGCGAAAACGAGGAGGAUGAGGAGGAGGAGGAGCAUGAAGAUGACUUUGAGCGCAAGUCUGUGGACUCGGCCAUGGAUCUCUCACAGGGCACGCCCGUCAAGGAGGAGCCGCAGCAACAGCAGCAACAGCAACAGCUGCCGCACAGCAAUCACAUGGCCAUCAACCUGAAGCUCAAGGACGAGGACACGCCGUUGAUAAGCAGCAGCAGCGCCUCCCGACGCAAGGGUCGUGUUCUCAAGCUGGACACGCUGCUGCAGCUGAAAUCGGCCGCCAUGUCAUCGCCGGAACAACAGCUCAAGCUGCCGGCCAGUGUGCUGCCCACUGCCUCGUCGCCCAUUGCCGGCAGCAGCGCCAACAAGCAGCUGGCGGAUGAUCCCUGCUCGGGCGCCAGCUCGGCGGAUGAGUCCAUGGAAACGGGCCGUGUGCCACAGGUGAACAUCAGCGCCAGCUCCACGGCCUCCAGUUCCGGCAACAGCUCGAAUGCCAGCAGCAGCACCAGCAAUCCGACAGCGGCUGCCACCGUUGCCACCUCUGGCACUGUGUCCAGCUCAUCCUCAUCCUCAACGACGACAAGCAGCAGCGCGCCGGCGAUCUACGAGUGCAAGUAUUGUGAUAUUUACUUCAAGGACGCCGUGCUGUACACCAUCCACAUGGGCUACCACAGCUGCGACGAUGUCUUCAAGUGCAACAUGUGCGGCGAGAAGUGCGACGGACCCGUCGGCCUCUUCGUGCACAUGGCCCGCAAUGCGCACUCCUAAGUGACGGGGGGCGGCCCGCAAAUUUGUUAUUAGAUAUUUUUUUUAUAUUAUUAUUAACAUAUUUCGUUGUCCAGAAUUGUAAAUACUCGUAGUUUAAGUUUGAUUUUGUUGUCGAGAAUUGUACAUAAGCCAAAAACGCACAAAAAACGCUACCAACUAACUCUAGACCUAAGCCUAACUCUAGACCCAGCCAA